AUGCCAGAGCUCUUCAGUGUGAUUUUAGAGAGUGAUGAUGCUAUGCUGAGGCAUCGAAAGUUGAGCCUUUCAGCUCCACAUCAAGAGACAAUAGACAAUAUGGUUCCCAAAAUCUCCGAUUCCAAGAAUUCGACUGCCGAGGACGAUUCCAUGGAUGACAGCCCCAUGUCGGCCGAAGAAACCCCUCUUGUGGGCCCCGAAAUGAAACACUCCAGCAUUGACAUGAGGACCAAUCUGGAAUAUGGGUCUCUUAUUGUGAAGGAUGAUGAAGAUGAGACCUUCCUCUCGAUCGCUUCACAAGUGUGUCUUCCGUUUUUCAUAGCAGGUCUUGGCAUGGUUGGUGCUGGAAUGCUGCUUGAUGUCGUGCAGCAUUGGGAAGUGUUCAUGAGUGUUCCAGAACUCUUCAUCAUGGUGCCAUCCUUGCUGGGCUUGAAAGGUAAUCUCGAGAUGACUCUGGCCUCUCGCCUGUCAACUCACGCCCACCUGGGGAACCUGGAUUCCCGAAGGGACCGGCUCGAGAUGUCCUUUGCAAAUUUGGCACUCAUCCAGUGUCAAGCAAUCGUGGUGGGUUUGCUCUCGGCUUUAGCAGCUGUGAUAAUGGGUUGGAUUCCUGAUGGGGAAUUCAGUCUGAGUCAUGCGCUUUUCCUCGGUGCUAGUGCCCUUCUUACUGCAUCUCUAGCCAGCUUCAUUCUCGGUGUGGUGAUGAUAUUGGUAGUGAUCAUAUCCAGAGACUGUGGUAUCAAUCCCGACAACAUUGCGACACCGAUUGCUGCAAGUUUGGGAGAUCUUACAACGCUUACGCUACUUGCUGGUGUCACCAGCUUCCUUUAUAAGGGUAACUUCCUCUAUCUGAAGCUCUGCUUUUUGUAUGAGAAAAAGAAAAAAAAGAUUUUAUUUUCUCAUUAUUCACAAGUGCAUUUUCAUACAUCUAGCAUUUUGUCAACUUUGAAAAAUUUGUGUUCCACAGAAAGGUGGUGGUAUUUGAGCCCAACAACUAUAGGGAUUCUUCUUCUGUCAAUCCCUUUGUGGGUGUACAUUGCAGGGCGUAACCCACACACCAAAGUUGUUCUUCAGACCGGCUGGACGCCUGUCAUCUCUGCCAUGGUUAUUUCCAGUGCCGGUGGUCUGAUCCUGGAGGCAGCCCUCGGAUCGUAUCGGGGAAUAGCCGUGUUCCAGCCCGUCAUCAACGGGGCGGGAGGGAACCUGGUGGCCGUGCAGGCCAGCCGCCUCUCUACGUUCUUUCAUCGCAACUUCCAGCUCGGUCAACUUCCAGCUCAUCUCCAACAGUGCUGCUUCAAUCCCUUACAUAUUUAUUUUGGGCGUGGUGUUCAUGCCAAGACCGUGCGAGUCCUACUAUUAUUUGUCAUCCCUGGUCAUUUGGCAUUUGCAUUCACAAUUGCCUUGGUGAAGGCAGGUCACACGACUGUAACUCCCAUGUUCAUUGUCUUCUACCUCCUUGCUGCCUUCAUACAGGUGGCCCUGUUGCUGUUCAUCGGGCACUUGUUGCUGCACGCGAUGUGGCGUGCGGCCAUCGACCCCGACAAUUCGGCCAUCCCGUAUCUGACCGCCCUGGGAGACCUCCUCGGAACCGGACUCCUGGCCGUCGCCUUCCACGUCCUGUAUCUUCUUGGGGACAGGGACAGUGAUGUUGGAGACUGAACUUUUCCAAAGGCUUAUUCCAAAGCUUUUUUAAUUUUGAUUUUCAAAUCUCAGGGCACAUAUCCAAAGUGCAUCCACCACUGUGCUCCGGCCCGUUACGAUUCUCUGAAUUUUGAUAUCCAUGCAAAGGCUUAUGUCUUUCUUUGAUUUGCAGUGUAUAUGUGAGUGUUUCUCAAAACUUUUUCCAUGUUUCGGUUUUGAUCUAGAAAGACUGGCAAUAUGUAAUUUAUGUUGGUACUGGUGUGGUUUUUUCCCCGUGAUUGUUUGCAGGCAGCAAUGCCCUCAAGUUUGGUAACAGUGUGUUGGAUUGGUUUGUUUCAUUCACAUCUUUUCUGCAUUCCAUGAUUGUGUACUUUCUUGGAAAUUCCUUUCUAAAAUUCUUUUCAAGUAAUUCAGCAAAGACCCUGUGAUGAAAGAAACAAUUAUAGUCAGAUUUUUUUGGGACAAGAGUCCUGGUACCAUACAGACCUGCCAGUUUUACCUUCGCAUGUGCAAGACAAUAUACCUGCUUCCUUUUGAAAUGUUUUUAAUAAGUCAUGGAAGUUCAAUACAAAAAAAAAUAUAAAAAAUACUCAUCUCUUAUCCUUAGGUUAGACCUAGUUUGGUAUGCAGCGAUCUUCAUAUCAUGAUGAAUACUCUUAUUUUUUCUCUUGGUUUAAAGCUUUCCAGUGCUUCGCCUGCAUUUUGUCAUUACGGCACAGAAUUUUAUCAUAUAAAAGUACAGGAGAGUAAAUAGGUGCCUUUUACAAGCAGUUGCCUUGAAAGAGUGCCUAAUUGCCUCCAGAAAAUGUUGUGGCAUUGAUGGAAUUACUGGUGAUGGGAUGGAUUCAGUGAUAGUGUGCUUUUGGGAAUGUAUGGUGCUCUUGUGAUGGAUUUUUUUUUUUUAUUUUAUGACCAAGAAAAAUUUCAGUUCCACGUCUGUAUCGUCUUGUCGCGCGCGUGCGCUGAGGAAUCUUUAAGAUGAGGCAUUGCAAUGCUUUCCAUGAUAUUCUCUGAAAACGACAAGAAUUCAGAUAAUAAAAGGAGUG